AUGACUACGUGGAAUGAAAAGUUUGUUGUCAGUGAAUAUCUCGGAAGAGGCGCUUUUACAAUAGUUUUCGAUGUUAAAAGCACAUGUGGUGCGGAUAAAGGCGAACAUUAUGCACUGAAACGAUUCCUUCUCAAAGAACCAAAUGCCGUUCGAAAUUCUCUUCGGGAACUUAAAAUCCUGCAACGUAUUGCAAAUGAAAAGCCAGAUUGUAAACAAUUGGCUUCUAUGCACUACAGUUUUAUUCACAGUGGUUCGCCCUGUAUUGUCAUGAAACUUUUAUCAAGGCAUACGCUACUUAAUCUAUUAAGCAAUGUCUUCUAUCUUACAGAGUAUGAUGUGGUAUUUUACGCUGCAGAAAUACUACAUGGAUUAGAUCAACUUCACUCAAUGAACAUCGUGCAUAUGGACAUAAGGCAAAAAAACAUUAUUUUCACCGAGUCGGGUCAUUUAGUGAUAUCCGAUUUUGACCGUGCGAUCGAUCUCUCCGCUGAACAGCCUUACGACAACUUAAGGUUCAUACUGCUUCCCCAUGAUCGAGCUCCAGAAAUCAAAUCAAACUUUCGCAUUACAACACAAGCCGAUAUUUGGAGUUUUGGUAUCGUUCUAGAAGAAAUGGUCAAUGCUAUGUUAAAUCCCUCGCCUUCUCUUAAAAACUUAAUUGACAGGUGCUUAAUCAAAUGUUACUACAAAAGGUUUAGUGCUGAGCGGCUUAAAAGGCAUCAGGUAUUCAAAUGUAUUAAAUGGGAUUGUAUUGCCGCCUGGAGUUAUCCACCCCCAUUAUUGCCUUCUUCCCUACCCUAUGAGUUUGGCGAUGAAGUAGAACAACUGAAGGAAUUUCUAAAAUAUGAUGCAGCAAUAGAUAGUACACCAGAAUUAAGAGAGAAACCUAUUGAAGUCCAAAAUCAAGCAUUUUUGACUGAAUGUGCAUUUGGGCAGAGUAUGCCUUGUAUUAGUAGAAAGCAAAUGAUUCAUCUAAAUGAAGAUGGAACUGAGCUUAAAGGUGUAGCGAUAUUUGCAAAUUCCGAUUUCAAUCGAGAAGAAAGUAAACAAUAUGUAACCUACUUUAAAGAAUAUCAGUCUACAAAUCCUAUAGUUAAAACUGAAGAAACAGAAACCUAA